AGCUAAGGAAAGCUUGGAGAAUCUGAAACAGCGCCAAAAGAGCAGAUAUUCUAGAUAACUUUAGAACUGUUUUUCACUUCAAUAGGCUAUCCAAUCACUGAAAAGGCGGAAAUAAUAAUUAUUUAUUGCCACUUUCGGGUGCACAGUUUCCUAAUUUCCGAAUUUUAUCGCAGUCAUGUCGUCUCUUGCAGUGAAGGAAAAGACCACAGUCCGUCUGGUGUUCUUCGGAGCGGCGGGGGUUGGCAAGACGGCAUUGAUCCAGAGAUUUCUGCAUGACAGGUUUGAACACACGUAUAAACGUACUGUUGAAGAGCUGCACAGCAGGGAAUACGACAUUGAGAAAGCCAAAAUCCGUAUCGAGAUUAUGGACACAAGCGGCAGCUACUCCUUCCCGGCUAUGAGAAAACUAUGCAUCCUUAACGGUGAUGCUUUCGCCUUGGUCUACUCUAUAGAUGACCGACAGUCCUUCGAGGAGGUGCAGAGGCUGCGAGAAGAGAUCCUAGAAUUAAAGGGGGGAAAGUUCGCUCCUAUCACAGUGGUGGGCAAUAAAGUUGACCUGGAGAACCAGAGACUGCUGGCCACUGGCGAGAUAAUGCCAAUUGUUGAGCUGGAUUGGAACGCCAGCUUCGUUGAGGCGUCUGCAAAGAGCAACGAGAACGUAAUGGGGGUGUUCAAGGAGCUAUUGCAGCAGGUCAAUCUGCCCAGCCACCUUAGCCCUGCACUGCGGAGACGGAGAGACACCAUUCCAAGGGACAACGUCGGAGUCCGGAAAAAGCCACCGAUGAAAAAAACCAAUAGCUGCAUUCUGUCGUAAUUGGUGUUAUGUCGCUGAUUUCACGUCAUUUCUACAUCUGAGCAUCUAUCUUGAGCUCAGUGCAGCCUGCUUCAUUAGGUUGAAACUGAAGCUGGUAGAAGUCGUAUAGCCGCGACCAGGAGACCGAGAAAGAAAAGGGGAAAAGGAGACCGGAGGUGCACCUGUUGCACAUUCGAUGCCGUGUUUGGACUGGCUGUUGAAGACUAGCCGAGUUGGUGCUCUCUUGGUAUCGAAGAGACUGUAAAAUUGCAUUUUGAUUAAUUUUUAACUCCAAAUUGGAGUUUUCAUAGUGACUCUUGAACGAGAAGAUACAAUUGUACAGUGACGUAUUCAUAAGACAUAGAUUUUAUGUACUGUUAGGCUAAACCUUAAAGUGCAAUAAAGCCAUCAUACUCUGA